AUGGAGCCUUACUGUGCGGACAUCACGGAGACCAAUAUAUCCUACUUGGAGAGCAUCCUCAAGUCGUACGUAGAGGAGGCCACCACUGCCAAGUACUUCCAGUUACCACCGGAACCGACAGUGGGAACUGACCACAACCUUCGUUCGGCCCACCACUCUCCUGAUCUCCAUCACGGUGAGGACCGGUCUGUGUUUCUUUGA